AUGGCUGCAGUGGGACCUGCCGACAGGUGUGUCUACCUGUUGAUGAGCAGCACCUGUCCUCCACCUGUCCUCCACCUGUCCAACACCUGCCCUCCACCUGUCCCCUACACCUGUCCAACACCUGUCCUCCACCUGUCCCCUACACCUGUCUUCCACCUGUCCUCCACCUACAGAGGAGCACCUGUCCCCUACACCUGUCCUAAACCUGUACUCCACCUGUCCCCUACACCUGUCCAACACCUCUCCUCCACCUGUCCAACACCUGUCUUCCACCUGUCCUACACCUGUCCAGCACCUGUCCUCCACCUGUCCAACACCUGUCUUCCACCUGUCCAGACAGAGGAGCACCUGUCCCCUACACCUGUCCUAAACCUGUACUCCACCUGUCCCCUACACCUGUCCAACACCUCUCCUCCACCUGUCCAAUACCUGUCCCCUACACCUGUGAAACACCUGUCCAACACCUGUCCAGCACUUGUCCUACACCUGUCCCCUACACCUCCACCUGUCCUCCACCUGUCUUCCACCUGUCCAGCACCUGUCUUCCACCUGUCCCCUACACCUGUCCAACACCUGUCCUACACCUGUCCCCUACACCUGUCCAACACCUGUCUUCCACCUGUCCUCAACCUGUCCAGCACCUGUCCUCCACCUGUCCAGACAGAGGAGCACCUGUCCAACACCUGUCCUACACCUGUCCCCUACACCUGUCCAACACCUGUCCAACACCUGUCCUCCACCUGUCCCCUACACCUGUCUUCCACCUGUCCAGCACCUGUCCUCCACCUGUCCCCUACACCUGUCUUCCACCUGUCCAGCACCUGUCCUACACCUGUCCAGCACCUGUCCAACACCUGUCUUCCACCUGUCCUCAACCUGUCCAGCACCUGUCCCCAACACCUGUCCAACACCUGUCCAACACCUGUCCAACACCUGUCCUCAACCUGUCCAGCACCUGUCCUCCACCUGUCCAACACCUGUCUUCCACCUGUCCAGACAGAGGAGCACCUGUCCUACACCUGUCCUAAACCUGUACUCCACCUGUCCCCUACACCUGUCCAACACCUCUCCUCCACCUGUCCAACACCUGUCUUCUACCUGUCCUCCACCUGUCCCCUACACCUCCACCUGUCCAACACCUGUCCAACACCUGUCCUCCACCUGUCUUCCACCUGUCUUCCACCUGUCCAGCACCUGUCUUCCACCUGUCCAGACAGAGGAGCACCUGUCCCCUACACCUGUCCUAAACCUGUACUCCACCUGUCCCCUACACCUGUCCAACACCUCUCCUCCACCUGUCCAACACCUGUCCCCUACACCUGUCCCCUACACCUGUCCAACACCUCUCCUCCACCUGUCCAACACCUGUCCAGCACCUGUCCAGCACCUGUCCUCCACCUGUCUUCCACCUGUCCCCUACACCUGUCCUACACCUGUCCAACACCUGUCCCCUACACCUGUCUUCCACCUGUCCAAUACCUGUCCCCUACACCUGUCCAACACCUGUCCUCCACCUGUCCUCCACCUGUCCUCCUUUGUUAG